ACUUUAACCAUUCCACUGAUAAGCCCGAGACAUGGAUAAUGGACAGGCGAAUUUGCCGGACUUUUUAAAGGGAACAGACGCACUUUCAAUAAUAUUUUAAACUUAAAUGUGCUAAACUACCAACUUAGACAAUGUCAAUUGAAGGACAAUCAGAAAUAGAUAUCUUAGAAAAUAGACUUCAUGAUUUAGAAAAACAGUAUGUUCAGAAGAUUAGAAAACUUAAGAAGCAAAAUCGGGCAGCGGCAGCCCGUGCCUAUGUUCAGCAAAGACUUAAAGAAGAGGCUGAACAGACUGAUACACAUGUGAAAGUACAGGUUUCUAGCUGUCAGAAACAAACAUCUAAGUCAUCUAGAGCACUGGAACAUAAUCACUCAAAAUCUAGGCGAAAGUCUACUAGCAGUUUGAAAUGUGAUGAUGCAGAGGCUUGGCAUCAUAAAGCCAGUCUGCUUGAGCCUGAAGCUUCAAAGUCAAGGCAAGAAUCAUUCAGUGUUUCAGAAAAUGAAAAUGUGCCAUUACAGCACAAGACUUGCAAUAUUCCAGAGAAAGUAGUCAGGCAAAGUGAAUUCGGGAGACUGGAGCAAUUACCAGAAGUAGAGAAUAAUGAAAUGACUAAGCAAAGACAUCUACAAAAAGAUCCGAAAUAUGAAAGAAUGGGAGAAGAAGAGAGUGAGAUUAACAACAUUGUGAACGUAAAAAGUAAUGAUCUAACAAUUCAAACAAAGUAUGUGCCAAGUAUCAAAACUGGAGAUAUUUCAUCUGUAGGGGUUCAAAAAAAUAACUCCAAAAUACCAUUAAAAGCAGAAAUAAAUAGUGGAAAUAAUAAAAAUGACAAUGAUAAACAAGUAUAUGUAGCAGAUGGAAGCAGUGAAGAUAUGUUCCUAACCUCUCCAACUACAACAGUAGAUAGUUAUACAUCUGAAGGAAUAGAUGCUGACCAUGAUCAGGUGAUCAUAGUACCUAGUCAUGAAGAAUUGGUUAGAAAUAAAGAAAAUCUCAGACAUAAAAAUCAAGUGUCAAAAUUAAAACUGUCAAAGUACAAAAAGAAGAAUUUUGUUAAUCGUAUUAUGAAAGAAGAUACAAUUGUUGAAGAAAAGAAAUUUAUGAGACCUAUCAAAGAAACAGAGAGACAAGCUUCUGAUGUUGUUAGAAAUGAAUUACAGAAUACUUGUAAUUCUGAUUUAACAGAUACUGAAAAAGAGUUAGAAAUAGAUGAAGUAUCUUCACAUCAAGUAAACCACAGUGGUGACAGUUCUACACAAGGUACAGUUUUUAGUGAAGGACAAGUGAUUGUGUUUGAAAGGCAGCUUAGAGUUACAAACCAAGACAAUGAAUUGUCUAAAAUGUCCAAGAAAUGUUUAGAUGUUGAAAUAAGUAAACCUGUUCGUAACAAGUGUUCAGAGAUUUUUGUUACGCAAGGUUCAUUAGAUUCUUCAGUAUCAACAGUAUGUGAUUAUGAAUUAGGAAUAGUGAAUGAAGGAAAUACUAAAAUUCGGAGACGGUCAGGAUCGAGGAAAAGGCGAUCUUCUGGUCUUGAAACACAACGAAGAUCAUCAAGGUUAUCUGGGCAAUCUAGUCAAGAUUCAUUGUCCCAGUCAAUUGAAACUGAAGGUAUUUCACCAAUAUUUCUAGCAGCUGGAGAAUCUGCAGCUAAAAAGAGAGUGAUAAUAUCUUCAGUGUUUCAGUGUCUUAUAGACGAGGGAAGACGGAAAAGUGACAUUGAAGAAUUUAAAAUUCCCAAUGAUGUUCUUGUAUCAGAACUUAAAACAAGAACAGUUCCUGAUCAUGACCUGACUGUAAGUAAAGAGCAAUGUUCAAAAUUAGGGAUCAAUGAAGAAAAAAUGGUGAAUGUCGAUCAAAAAGAUUCUAAACUAGAAUUGUCAAAUGAAAAAGAAAACAUUCAGCCAUUAGUCUCAAAUUUACCAACAACUGACACUUGUGAUGUUAACAUCUCAGAAAAAGAUGAUGUAAUGUCUCCAACUUUAUUUGAAUCACAGCCCAAUGUUAGUAACAUCUUUACAUUUAGUAAAGAACCAACUAUUGAUGUCAGUGAUACCAAAGCAGUGGAUAUGGAAAAAGAUUUAAUAAAUAAUGAACAAGUGAUCAAGGCAAUGGAAAAGGUAAAUAAGGGAAAUGAACAGGUAAUGAAGGAUGAUGAGCAAUUUAACAAUAACAAUGAAUUAAAGAAAAAGGAAAAUGAGCUAGGCGAUAAGGAAAAGGUACCAUGUAAUAUUAAUAAGGAAAAAGAACUACAUAGUGAGGAAAAUGAACUUUGUAGUAAGGAAAAUGAACUAUGUAAUAAGGAAACUGAAAUGAAGGACAAGGAUGAUGAAUUAAGCCUGGCAGAAGACAAGGUUCAACAUUUGUCACUUGAUCAACAACAUGAUGAUCAUGUUAGUUAUAUGGACAAGAUUGAUGAAAGUAAGAAUGAAAGGUCAUCUAAUUUACAACUUCAACAGAUUGGUGAUUUUCAGGUCCAAAAAGGUGAAAAUGUUCAUUCUGUAAUGUGUGUAGAGAUAACUUGUGAUGAUCAGGUCCAGCCAUAUGUUGUGUGUUUAUGUUCUUCAUGUCUCAAACUUUACACAAUAUGCAACAAUCAAUGGACAUGUGUAGCCAAUACAAAACUGGGAUUUGUGACAAAGAAGAAGUCUGGUAAUUUGAUGUAUUUACUACCAGAUUCAGACAGUGUAUCACUGGUAUUGCUGGGUAUAAAAUCAGAUUGUACAUGUAUAUAUCAUUAUACAUUCAUCAAAGAGAAAUGGCAGCAGACGACAUUAGAUCAAGUGUAUUCUAAAAGUAUUCAAGUUUGUCCACUGUCUAGCCGUCUCAUUGUGGUCAGUUACUAUACAGAUGAGAGAUCAUAUCUGUGCAAAUACACUCAGGACAUCAAUAGUGACCAGUGGUCAAAUGUCCAGUUAGAUAGUACUGAGAAACAAAUAACACACCUGAUACCUGUGAGAGGUAUCCCUGAAGCUGUUCUCACUUUGACAAAAUCUAUGGAAAUACAAAUAUGGAAUCAUGAGCAUGGUUAUCUGCUAACAUCUGUGGAUAUAUCUGAUGUUUGUCCAGCAGAUCCUAUCUGCUCAAUCAGUUUUGCUGAACAGGGUUUUCUGUUUGUGCCUCUCUUGAGUAAGAAGAAAGGUGGCGAGGCCGGGACAAUAGUUGUGAUAAAUCCAAGUAUGAAUACUUCAGAGACCUUAUCAUCAAUUACUGUGAAUGAUAGUUGGACUGGAUGUAGUGGUACCUGUAUUAUGUCAGCUGGUUUACUGCUGUGCAGACAAAAUAAUGGCUGUAUCCGAAUAUGGAAUGUUUACACUGGUGGUCUCCUAGCAACAGUUGAUGAUGUCACAGUCACAUGCCUUUCAGCAACCAAUCAGCUUUUAGUAGCAGCUCAUAAAACUUGUGUUCAUAUAUAUAAACUGGAUUUACCAAGUCUUUCAUAAUACUAUUUGAAUGAUUUAAUCUUGGUUGUUUUGGGGUUUUU